AAAGGGAACCAGAAAACCCAGUAUGUAAUCUUGGAGUAAUGACAGCAUCAGAAAACAAAACCAACAAAAGAGAACACCUUCCAGAACAAUCUGAGCUGCAUGAAAGGCAAACAUUCACUAAAGUUGGAGCUUUCCUAAGUCUGCCCAGAGAUAAGUGGCAUAUUUGACCUUCACCAUGAUUAACAAGCAUUUCUUUGAAAUUGUGUCGGUGCUGUUGGCCUCUUCUACUAUCUUCUCCCUAGAGUUGAAACUGGCUCUCUUCCAACAAAGAGUAAACAGAGAGAGUUUAAAACUCUUGAGUACAUUGCAAAGCUCAUCAAUUCAGCAGUGUCUGCCACACAGGAAAAACUUCCUGCUUCCCCAGCGGUCUGUGAAUCCUCGUCAGUACCAGGAAGGACAAGCACUGGCCAUUCUUCACGAGAUGCUUCAGCAGAUCUUCAACCUCUUCAGGGCAAAUACUUCUUCGGGCGGUUGGGAGGAAAGCCACGUGGAGAAGUUCCUCACUGAGCUUCAUCAACAGCUGGAAUACCUAGAAACACUCACAGGCCUGGAAGCACAGCAGGACAGCAGCAUCUUGGGGAGUGAGAACGUUAGGUUACCGAUUAAAAUGUACUUCCAAAGGAUCCACGAUUACCUGGAAAGCCAAGAGUACAGCAGCUGUGCCUGGACCAUUGUUCGAGGAGAAAUCAACCGGUGUCUCUUCUUUGCACUCCAGCUGAUAAGAAAGAUAAGCAAACGAGGAAUGCAUUCCUCGAAGAAUGUGGAGCAUGAGCCGAGGGCAGACUUUAGAAGCAUAGGGUAGGUGGAGGGGCGGGAGGACUGUUCCAGAGACUAUUAUUUCUUCUUGUCAUUAAUUGCUUUGGUUUCGUGUGUGUAGAUAUAUG